GUUACUCAUUUGGGUUGGACCAUUCCAAACGGGCAAUCAAUUGAUCGUGCUGUUGAUUCAUAUAGUUUAUCCGGUGUUUUGCUAUUAUGCCUGUCUGCGCUUUUAACGCUAGAGCUCAACUGAGGAUUAUUAAAAAAUUAUUGCCUUCCUUGGAUUCAAGUGACGAUUGAGUAUACUAAAAGUGAAUAUAUGAUAGAAACGUGUAACGAUAUAAGAAUAAUCUCUGUCCUCCAACACCCCACUCAUAAAGAAUAUGUUUUUGAGAUAUAAAUUGCUAUUUGGAUUUAACGAGAUGUAUUUUCGGCUUUUAACAGGCCCAUACUUCAUCUUAAUCUGUAUCUAUUUUUAAAAUGUAAAUUUGGGCUUGACAACAUGGGAUGAUACAGGAAAAUAAAGUAUUCCAAUGAGACAUAUAACAAAUAAGCAUUCUGUUAUUUAGUGAAUUGGGAUUGCGCAAUGUUGUAGGAGAGAUACCAUAAACUUUGUAUAUUCAAGAUAAAGAUACUGUGAUACAUGGUAUAUAUGGAUAUAUGGAUAAUAUGAUAUAUGAUAACAUAUUGUUGUUAAAUAUUAUUUUUUACAGUUGUAUCAAUAGAUUAACAAAAUGGAUGUAAGAAGACACGUGCGAAAGAAUUUGGUUUCACUUUAGCAGAAAUAAUUCUAAUCAAGAGAUCUAUUGGCGAGUAUUUUAUUUACUUAUAAUAAUCACGCGAAUUGGCAUUGUGUCCGAAUAAACGAGUUUAAUUUCAUAUCAAUUAAUUGUGGACGGAAGACAAAUUAAAAGAAAUUUUGGGUUGAGGCCCAAUAUUGUUAUUUACGAUAUGAACUUAUGUAUCCCAAUAUAGUACCAACACAUCCGUGUUGUAAAAUGCCAAGGUCUGAUAUAAGAACGCAUCAAUUGCAAAAUUUAACGGAACCCACAGAAUCCCUCGCACGCAUCUAACAGCAAUAAACCGUUUUCGCUAUCGAUUGCAAGCGUUGAUGAUAGAAGUCCUAUAAGCUCUUUAUUUGCCCAUUCCCGAACUCUGUUGAUACACUUUUCAAUGCAAAGUGCUACACGGAAUCAAGUCUAAUACGUGUAUUUUUCCAACGCGUGACUCAUCUCAAGUCUCAUCGAUAGAUUCGUUAGGUUUUCGCAAGGAAAUGCUAAUGAUUAUUUGUUGCUAAAAUUUUGGGCAUCAACCUGCAUACGUUGGCCGCAACAUGCGGCUGACACAAAGACUGCUCAGCCAUGUUGCGUGCCAUACGUAAAAGUGAACUCGCCCAGAGCGGUUGGGGAAACAUCGCGUUCGCAGCUCUCCCAUACUUAACUUUCGUUCUUGUCCUCGUCAAGUAUCAGUCUCCCGAUUCCCUCGACCACCGUGUAUCGCCUGUAUCAGGAAUCAUUUGCUGUGCGCAUGAGUCCGCUAUAAAGUAACGAACGGGAAGAGUCUACCAUACGACAGUACGAACGGAAGAAUCUGGUGGCGUGGUCAGGCUACGUUCUGCGGAGUGCGAGAUCAAUCGAAGUGCCAGAUCGCGCUCUAUUGAUCAGGAUGACCGAUAACACCACCAUCCUCCACGAGGACAAGAACGACGACAGCGGUUACACGGUGUCACAGUUGUCGCCCCAUAUCCCCGAAUUCGAGUUCCAGGAGUGCAAGACAGAGCCAUGCAUCAGUAGAACCAACUCGACCGAAGAACUGUCGACACUCGAUGAACCUCCAUCACCACUACAUAUUUCACUACCUGUGAUUACAAUAAGGACUCCAACUGUUGUAUUAGAAAGAUGCGACAAGAUCUGGGAAACAUUGCAAUUAAUAAAAAUACAAACUGAUCCAACAGACGAAAGUGAUGUGUCUGAAGAAGAAGAAGAAGAAGAAGAAGAAGAAGAAGAAGAAGGAGAGGAAGAUGUAGAAGAAGAAGAAGAGGAACAAGUACAACAACCGAAUAAGAUUGAACCAUCUGCAUCACAUAUUAACAAUGAGUUUACAUUCAAACACAAUAAUGCAAUGCCAUUACCUUUCGAGUUUUCUGUUCAAAGAACAAGAAAAUUAUACCCUUGUUCUACAUGUGGCAAGCAGUACAUGUUGAGACGAUCCUUAAGAAAACAUACAGAACGAAUGCACGGAAUCGUACUUCCGCUGCAACGUAGGCGGCGUUCCUAUAAAAAAUUGACUGACAGUAAUACUAAGGUAUUCAAUUCAGCUGUUUUACCGAGUAAAAAGGAUGAUUUCGAUGAACUUACCGACAAGGAUCCACUUGAAAAAUUUACUGCGAAGCAAGAAGCAAAACCUGCUAAUACCGAAGGUUUUGUUAAAGAAUAUGCUGCGUCGAAAUAUGUCAAAUGUAUGUUGUGCAAACGAAACGUAAAAUCUCUAAAAGAACACUUAAUUCAUUAUCACAAAAUAUCGGGACAUAAGUCGAACAUUAUGAAGUUAGAGUCUUCAUUUUUAAAUGCGGACAAACCAUCAUCUUCUAAAGCAUCACCUGGGAAUAAAAAAACAACAUUAAAGGAUAUAUUGUCUGGCAGACUUUCGCAAAAAUUUGCUAAUGAAAAUACGCGAAAUGAAUAUCAUAUAAUGGAUGAUGAAAAAGACACUGACCAAGAAUUUCAAGGAGGUACGAAACGGAAAUUCACAUUACUUUACCCUGCUAAAGAGGAUAAAAGAAUCAAAUUGGACAAUGAAAAUUAUACACCUGUUGGUAACACGACUCCAAUCAUACCGAGAAAAAAAUCUAUAAAUCUCAUAUCCUACAAGUGUGACAUUUGCCUGGGAACGUACGCAUCUGCCCAUGGUUUGUACAAACACAGACGCGUUCACUACUUCCGUGGAGAAACCAAAGAGAACUUUCAUAAGGUUCAAUGUAGAUAUCUUAAUUCACCACUGAAUAAGAAAAGGUUAAACGCAAAAACUAGCAAUAACGUGAAGGGAACAAAUUUGUUAAAAAAUUGGUACAGGCCUAGGCAAAACAAAAACACUUCCAUUAUUGAUGGAGCGGCUACACGCAAGGAGGAAACUGAUGAACUUAAACAUUCUUGCUUAUGUGGAAAAGCAUUUCGACAUGCUCAUAGCAUAGCUCUCCAUAAAAAGAGUUGUAAGUUGUAUCAACAGGAAAUCAACAGGAUGGACACUGCAAGGCUCAGUAGUGAUAGAGAUUCUGGUAUCGGUAUUAAUAUAACAAUCAAGAAACGGGAAGAUGGCUACGAGAUAGUUGGUAAAGAUAGUGACGACGAGAAAUCUCAAAAGUUUGUCCAUUUCAUGGAUGACACUUCAUCAUCGAACAUGGAGCAUCUUACCAAAAAUGCAACUAGCGCAGUUGCUAGACAACAGGAACGGGAUACAUCUAAAUACAGUAAAGAGCAUAGUAUCUUGAAAUUGCGAAUUGCUGAUGAAGACGAGAUCAUCGAUAUCGAAGACGAUUUACAAAUUGACUCUAUUAAGAUUAGCGAUAAGGCAAAACAGUUGCUUGCGCAAAAUGAUAAAGUUAUUAAAUGCUCGUUAGUACACCCAAAUAGCAAUGCAAAAAAUGUGGAAGGUGGAGGAGUUCCGGAUAAAGUCUCUACAUUGAAACAAAUAUGUGAGAGGAUUAUAAGCCGUCUCCAGCCACCCACAGAUGCGGCGGGGGAUGAGGAAAUGUGCCAAGAAAAUAAGCAGAUUAAAAAUCGGGAAAUAGAUCAGGAGAACAUUCAGGUAAUAGGCCAGGAAGCGAAUUACAAAAAGAGGGAAUUACGAUCCUCGAAUAAACGGCAGAGAAAUAUGAACGAAGAAUUCGACUAUUCAUAUGGCGAGGAUUACAAGGCGCAGUUGGAUCCGUUAUUGGCAUGCGGGUACUGCGACGAACAGUUCAGUAACAGUAAUUCCUACAACAAUCAUCAAUGCGCUGUUAAGGAGGGGAAAUCGUUCGACGAAUUUUCGCUUCAGUUAAUAUGUUUCUACUGUAACGAAACACUGAGUAAUUAUGCUGAAUUCGACCAGCAUGUGCGAUUCGAACACUUUGAUCUUGCGUUUAAUUGUUAUCAGUGCACUGAACGAUUCGCUAGCGAUAAAGGACGUUUACGUCACUUUCACGCGGAACACAAUGAUAUGCGUUGUAGAUUUUGUAAUAAGAAACUUUCUCUGUCGUUAAAGACCCUGCACGAGGGUUAUCAUUUAGGCUUCGGUUAUCCCUGUCAUCAAUGUAAGAAAGCUUAUUCGAAUAAGAAGAAUUUGUCAUAUCACAAAUACACUAUACACCCGAACGGGGGUGAUAAUCUGAUAACGUGUACCGUAUGCUUGAAACCGAUCAAACUCAAGAGUUUCCGCGGGCAUAUGUCGACGCAUAAACAUAACGCAUGCCAUUUUUGCGGGAAAGUAUUCUCCAAUAGGACAGGUAUAGAGUAUCAUACUAUGAUACAUCAUGGAACUAAUUCUAAACUCAAGUGCAACAUUUGUGGUGCACGUUUCCUUACCAAGAAGCAUCUCGAGAGGCAUCAGAAGAUGGAGAAGUGCAACAGCGACAUGAGAAAAAAGGAGAACACGGCAAUACAUGUUAAAAGUCAUUAACAAUAUUUUUUGCUUAAGAAAUGUAGAACGUAGAUCACGGCAGACUGAUGCAGUUCUAAUAACAAGUCACAAACAAUUAAGCCCUUUUCAUUCCAACUGAUUUUCACAUGAACAUGCAGAAAACUUUUGUCGACUGUAGUUGCGCUGGAUAUAAUCGCACAGAAACACGAUUAGACUUUAUAUUUUGUAAUUUAUAGUAGACAAACUCUGAAGGUUAUAUACAAAUAUGUAUAAAAUAGUGCGUAAAAAGAUAUGUUUAUCAUCUAAAUGUAAAGAAUGCAUAAUGAAUUUUUUAAAUAUUUAAUUUUCGUUCUAUGUUCUAUGUUUGGACGUAUGUCUCAUUUACCAACAGGUAUCCUUACACAGAUUACUUGUAUGAUAUAAAUAUACUACAAAUUCUACAUUAAAUUGAAGUGAAUUUUAAUCUUAAAGUACACAUUUCUUUUUGGUUAAUUAUUUUAACAUUUGGUAGGCGGCCUCAUGUCUGCAAGUACGGUCUUACGAAGUAUUAACAAGUACAGUUAUACCUAAGCUUAGUCGUAGUUAUGAUAUCUUUGUAAAUAAUGCAAUUAUUUUUCUUUAUUCUUGUUUAUCGAAAAAUUAUAUUAGAUGUAAUAUUCACAAAAGACACACGCAACAAACACACAUUAAUAUUAAAUGACUAUUGUAUAUCUUGAUUAUAAUCUGAAAAUAACUGAAGAUAACUUAAAAAUUCAAAUAAUUGAAAAGCGGCAGAAAAAAUUAUCAAUACUGAUUUUAACAUAUUCGAUUACAGGAAAGUGCUUUGAAAAAAUGUUCGUUAUUUUGCGAUAACAAUUUGUUUAUUCUGAAAAUUGUGGCACGCAUAAAAAUUGUCAAUGUUAACUAAAAAGGCAUAAUCUUGAUGUGUAUUAGGUGUUAUAUGCUCUAUCGUUUUUCUCAAAUUUACGGAUUAAAGUUUGCAUUGCGCCGUGCGUGAUCAUAUAUUAUGACGAUACCGUAAUUGCAAAAUUUCUUUUUCUCCUUUCUUGUACGAUCGAAUUUGUUAACCGAGUAUAUGUGUAUUGUGUAUAACUUGUAUUUUAUAUAAUAUAUGUUAAAGAUUUUAUUUCUAAGUUCAACAUUCAUUUCACUUUGGCGAUAUUUCUGUUUAUAACAUGAUAUAACAUGAGCGUUACAUUAUUAUUGUGGUUAUAGAAUUGUUACAGCUAAAUCAGUGUAAUAAAGUUUGUUUUUGAAUUUGUAUUAUACAUAUUACUACGUUAUAGCGUUUAUUAAUAUGAAGAUUGUGGACAACUGAACUUGAGAGACAGUUUUACAUUUAUUUUUCAUCGCAAUUAAUUGUAAUAAAGGAAAUCGUCAAUAGUUUGUAUAA